AUGGAUGCAGCAGCAGAAGCAGAGAUAGAGACACGAAAGGUUCAGGAAGCAGAAGCAGUAGAAGCAGCAGAAGCAGCAGAAACAGCAGAAACAGCAGAAGCAGCAGAAGCAGCAGAAGCAGUAGAAGUAGCAGAAGUAGAGGUGGAGGCAGAGGCGCAGAGAGAGAAGGAACGAAAGGGGCUAGACGCGGACGCCACACAGAAGGCCGCAGCUACUCAGAACAGCUUAGACGCCAGCAAAAGCACAGACACUGAGAACAGCAUAGACGCCCAGAACAACAUAGACACCCAGAACAGCACGGAUGCCCAGAACAGCUCGGGCAUUCAACCUGUCGCAGAUACGCAGAAAUCUGCAGAUGCCCAGAACAGCAAGGAUGACCAGAACAGCUCGGAUGCUCAAAUGGUCGCAGAUACGCAAAAUGUCUUCGACGCCCAGAAGGAUGGUGUACUACCAACGCAGAGAGAGACACCAAGGAGUGAUGCAGAUCUAAAAAGAGCGUAG